GGCCGGGGUUUGUGGGUCUGAGGGAGGAGGGGGCCGGGGGCCCGGAUCUGUGGGCCUGAGGGACCCGACUCCUAGGUCUGAGGGUGGAAGCAGCCGGGGGGCCUGGACUUCUGGGUCAGAAGGAGGGGCCGGAGGCCAGGACACCUGAAUCUGACGGAGGAGGGGGCUGGGGGCUCGGAUUCCUGGGUCUGAGGGAGGCGAGGGCUGGGGUCCCACUUCCAGGUCUCCAGCUUCCUUGGCACCGCCCCCCAGAUCCAGUCCCUAUUUAGCACUUGACCCAACGCCCGACGCCCCCCGCCCCUCGCCGGACUUUGGAGGUGGAAAGGGUCCCGGAGCGAGGGACGGAGCUAGGGACAGCCCGACGCGGAAUGGCCACAGGGACGCGCUACGCCGGGAAGGUGGUGGUGGUGACCGGGGGCGCGCGCGGCAUCGGCGCGGGGAUCGUGCGUGCCUUCGUGGAGAGCGGAGCCCAGGUGGUCAUCUGUGACAAGGAUGAGCCCUGUGGCCGGGCCCUGGCGCAGGAGCUGCCUGGAGCCGUGUUCAUCCGCUGUGACGUGACUCAGGAGGAAGAGGUGGCGACCCUGCUUUCCGAGACCAUCUGUCGUUUCGGCCACCUGGAUUGCGUGGUCAACAAUGCCGGCCACCACCCUCCCCCACAGUGGCCUGAGGAGACCUCUGCCCAGGGCUUCCGACAGCUGCUGGAGCUCAACCUGCUGGGGACAUACAACCUGACCAAGCUCGCCCUCCCCCACCUGCGGAAGAGUCAGGGAAACAUCAUCAACAUCUCCAGCCUGGUUGGGGCCAUCGGCCAAACCCAGGCAGUGCCCUAUGUGGCCACCAAGGGGGCAGUAACUGCCAUGACCAAGGCCUUGGCCUUGGAUGAGAGUCAAUAUGGUGUCCGCGUCAAUUGUAUCUCCCCAGGAAACAUUUGGACCCCACUGUGGAAGGAGCUGGCAGCCUCGACACCUGACCCUGCCACCACAGUCCGAGAGGGCAUGUUGGCCCAGCCCCUGGGCCGCAUGGGCCAGCCAGCCGAGGUGGGGGCUGCAGCUGUCUUCCUGGCCUCGGAGGCCUCCUUCUGCACGGGCAUUGAGCUGUUUGUGACCGGGGGUGCGGAGCUGGGAUAUGGGGGCAAGGCCAGUCGGGAGGCCUCCCCUGGAACCACCCCUUCCUGAUUUCCCACAUGCCCACUUGGACCUCUCCUCUGCCUAAGACCCUCCCACCCCACACCCAGUCCCCCAGACUCCAGCCUCCACCAGGGGCAGCCCCCAAACCCUUAGACUUUAAACCUCACUGACAAAGGUGCCGGACCACCUCCCAGGUCCCCAUAAAAGAAGUUUGCAGCCAGAAGGAGACUGUCCUUACAUUUAUGUUUAGACCAGUCUGGCCACAUCAGCCCCACCCCACCCCACCGCAAGCUUUAGCUGGGUCCCUGAGACAGCUCUCGGCAGGCCUCCUGGGUGGUGCCUGCUGGUGCCAGCGCCAGUUGGCCUUGGGCUCCUGGAAGAGGUAGAGCCUCGCCCAUGGGCGAAUUAAAAGGCCCGCAGGGGAGUCAAUUAAAUGCCAAUUAGGAGAGAUAAUGGAGGAGGAGAAGCCAAAGAGCCUUUAUUCUUGGCCCGUAGGGGAGCUGUGACCUCCCUACCUGGGGAGAAGGAGCUGGCACUAAAGGGUCUCGAGGGAAGCGGAGGCUGGGGGUUGAGACUCCAGGGUCAGAGGGAGGAGGGGGGUGAGGGCUGGACUGCUGGGUCCUGGGAGCGCGGAUCCCGGAUUCCCCCAGAUGGGGAGCGGGUCUGGCGGCGGGUUCGGGCUCCCAGGUGAGGGGGCGGGGCUGCAUAGCCGCUGCGGAUUGGCCGCCGCGGGGUGUGUGUGUGCGGCAGCCGCCGAUUGGCCGCGGCGGGGGCGGGGGCGCUGCGUGGGCUCCGCCCCCGAAGCGCGGGGCUGGGGGUGGCGGGGUGGGCAAGAAAAAUCGGCAACGCCCUGCGGGGGAGGAUUCGCGAUUUGGCUGCUGGGAGCUGUGGCGGUUAGUGGUGGAGGGCAGUGAACCCGGGCGGGAUUUGGGGGUGAAAUUUUUGGGCACAGUGCCCCAGGGCACAACGGCCUGGGGCCCAGAUUUUUUUUUUUUUUUCCUUGUUUUCUGACUUUUUAAAGCCGUUUUAUUGAGAGUUAUUCGCAUACCAUACAAUCCAUACAUAGUGCACAGGCAGUGACUUUUAGUAUAAUCACCGAGUUGUGCAUUCGUCAGCACAAUCAAUUUUAGAACAUUUUCUUUAUUCCAAAAAGAAAAACCCCAUGCCCCCAGCAGUCUCCUCUCUAUCCCUGUAUCUUUCCCGAGCCCAUCAUAACCACUAAACCAAUUCAGUGUCUGUAGAUUUGUUUAUAUUUACGUUUUCUAUAAAUGGAAUCAUACAAUA